UGCGGUUAUAUUAGCAAGAGAGUAAUAAAAGUUCAUCUAUUCCCUCCACUUAACGAUGCAACACGUUAGCAUUUUUUAUUGAAUUUAACAGUUUGUCGGUAUUAUUUAUUAUUAAAUAUUUAUUUAAAAAAAUGAUUACAGUGAAAAUUUUUAUCGGAAACAUUAUCCAUUGCACCGGUAAACUAAAAAUAGAAUUAUUGGAAAACGGUUUUGUAGCGGUUCAAGGAAGCCAGGUAUUAGCUCUAGGUAACAGGACAGAGUUGAACAACAUUAUUGAACAGAUUAACGUGCCGCCAUGCUCCUUAAAAAUACACUAUUUAAAAAAAUCCCAAAUACUAAUUCCCGGACUCGUGGACACUCACAUUCAUGCACCUCAAUAUCCAAAUUGUGGAUUGGGAUACGACAAAACGCUUAUGGAUUGGCUUGAUAUUUAUACUUUUAAUUUGGAACGGAAAUAUCGCGAUUUAGACCUGGCAAAGAAGGUUUUUGAUGCAGUGGUGAGAAAAACUCUGGAUAAUGGUACAACCACGGCCUGUUACUUUGGAUCCUUAUUUAAUGAAGCUUCCUUAGUUUUGGUAGAUAGUGUAAUUUCGCAUGGCCAAAGGGGCUUUGUAGGGAAAAUUAACAUGACUCAGUCGCCCUUUAAAGAUUAUGUGGAAACACCACAGGAAACUGUGGAUAAUACUAUUAAGUUUGUAGAGGAUGUUUUGGCAAAACAAAGUAAUUUAGUAUCACCAAUUAUUACCCCACGCUUUGCCCCCAGUUUGGAAUUGGAAGAUAUGACUCAAUUAGGAAAAAUUGCUCAAAAAUAUAAUCUAAGGAUUCAGACCCAUAUUUCCGAGAAUCUGGAUGAAAUCAGUUAUGUUAAAGAACAUUUUGGCAUGUCUUACGCAGAAGUGUAUGAGACAGCUCAACUUUUAACCAACAAGACUAUUUUAGCGCAUGGAAUAUAUUUAAAUCAAGACGACAUUGACAAACUAAAAAAAUAUCAAACUGCCAUCGCCCAUUGUCCAGAUUCCAAUAUUUGCCUAAAAUCUGGAUUAUGUGAUGUUAAACAUCUUCUGGAACAAGACAUCAUUGUUGGACUGGGCACAGAUGCCUCCGGUGGUUCCUCACCCUCAAUUCGAAGUGCAAUGAAAUCAGCGUUAGAUACAUCUAUCUCUGUUUCCUUUAACAAAUCAAAUUAUCAACCUUUAAAUUAUCAAGAUGUAUUCUAUUUGGCCACCCUAGGAGGUGCCAAAGCGCUUGCAAUAGAAGAAAAAAUAGGGAAUUUUGAGGCUGGCAAACAGUUUGAUGCGCUAAUAAUUGACGCCAAUGUCAAUGGCCCAAUUGACUAUCUUCAAUAUUGUUCACCAUUGGAGAUAUUACAAAAAUUUAUUUAUUGCGGUGAUGACAGGAACGUCGUCUCCGUAUUUGUUGCUGGGGAUAAUCUAAAAUCCUUAUAGAUUAUUCUCAUGUGAAGGUGCAUUUUUAUGGUUGAAAACCAAAUAAGUAAUAUAUGGAGUGUUUUUUCAUUUAA